AUGGAAAUGGUUUCGGAAGCUAAGGUUAAUGGAAAUGAUGCACCUUCUGAGGUGCUGCCGGCUUUGGCUGAGAAGCCUGUUGGCUUACCACCUGGUAAGUACUCUCUUGUGGGUUGGGACAUGGACACUACUGGCCGAAGACUUAUUGAUGAGAUAUGUCAAAUAGCAGCAUAUACCCCUAAGCAAACAUACUCUCAAUAUAUAAUGCCUUAUGGUGACUUGAAUCCUGGAGCAAGACGUCGGCACAAUGUAAGAGUUGUUACUGUUGGACGGUAUCGGAUGCUUAAAGAUACUAUAACUCAUAAGAUAUUAAAGACAAAGUCUGAAGUGUCAGCCUUAACAGACUUCCUAGACUGGCUGGAGAAGGAGAAAGGAGAUGGCAGUGUCAUACUUAUAUACCAUGAACCUAGACGUCUUAGCCCCACAAUGUUGCUUGAGGCUUUAACUCGUUACAAGUUGUUGGACCGUUUCAAGACCAUAGUAGCAGGUUUCACAGACAGUUAUGCCUUGGCUGCCGAGAAAUGUAAAGCAACAGUGAAGUCUGUUUCUCUACGGGUACUAGCUCGAGUACUUUUAGAUGCAGAUACAUUGUCUGUUGAUAGUGCACUUGAUAGAGCUUCAACAGCCUAUCGGAUUGUUGAGCAUUUGUCACAAAGUGAACAGCAAGAAGUAGGUGGUGGUGGUGAGGGUAUUUCAGCCAGUGAAGACAUGGUAGAGACAGCCCGGGCCUGGGCGCGACCUGUACAUACAGAGCUUGAGGCACUUGAUAAGCUUAAAAAGCUGCUGGAAAGACAGAACACUUUCCGUCCGGUAUUUGCGCCACUCCUUCGUCUGGCGCGACCCGAACGCAAGCGUGUCACUCAGCUAAGACGGCUGUUAGCCGACGCCGGCUUGCUCUAUGACCACCUCAAAGAUGCUUGGCAGGAACAGCAGGUUUCAGGUUUAGAAACACAAUUGUCGGCACUUUCCGUAUCAGCAAAGGAAGAAGACAUAAAGGAGUUGAUAGAUAUAUUUGAUCGCCACUUUGAUCCAGCCAAAGAACCCAAGUCACCUAAACCAAGGGUCAACAAAAAUAGAACAACAUCUUCGGCUGGUGAAACAGGUGAGGCAGAGGGUAGCACCAGCGAAUCCCAGAAGAGCUCUGAGCAAAACUCUCCAGUCAAGACUAAUGAUGCGACUGCAAAUUUGGAUCAACAAAAAGAGGCGGUGGUCGCAAACUAA